UUCAUUUUUUCCCCAUUUGAAAUCCGAGUUCAGAGUUCUGCUAUUUCAGAAUCUGCCAUGAUCUGCGAAAGAAGCUCGAAGCUCAGCGCUGAAAAUGGUAUUUUCCACUCAUGACAAAUGAUCAUCAUCAAUCUUAGAAUCGCGAGGGCCUACGCCCAAAUUUUUCCAUCUUUAUUCCUCCUAGUUCCUGUCCAGAACCUCCAUUCCAAUUCAAAUGAAGAAUCAUCUUCCGGCCACCCAUCGCGAAGAACCCAUUUGGUUUCCCCCAAUAGCGUGACCCCAAAAGUACGUUUUGCCACCGCUUCUGAUGUUGUUUCGUUGAAUAAAACAAUCACCAGUUUAGUAAGAGCUGGGGAUUUAGACUCCGCCCACGGGGUGUUCGACAAAAUGCCUGUUAGAACCACGGUUACUUGGAAUUCUAUAUUGUCGGGAUACUCGAAGGUGGCUGGGAAAAUGAAGGAAGCCCGUGAAGUGUUUGAUAAAAUUCCUCAACCAGAUUCUGUGUAUUAUAACAUUAUGCUGGCUUGUUAUUUAAGAAAUUGUGGUGUUGGGGCUGCUUUGGCUUUCUUUAACAGGAUGCCUGUCAAGGAUAUUGGGUCUUGGAACACGAUGAUCACGGGAUUUGCCCAUAAUGGGCAAGUGCGGGAGGGGUUUGAAUUGUUUUUAGUGAUGCCGGAGAAGAACGGCAUCUCGUGGAGUGCUAUGAUUUCUGUGUACGUGGAGCAGGGAGAUUUGGAUUCCACUGAGGAGUUGUAUGAGAAAGCGUUUAUAAAGAGUGUGGUUGAGGAGAUGCUUACUGGAUACGUGAAGUUUGGGAAUGUGGACUUAGCUGAAAGGAUAUUUCAUAAGAUGGAUUUGAGGAAUUUGGUCACGUGGAACUCUAUAAUAACGGGAUAUGUCGAGAAUUGUCGUGCCGAGCAUGGUCUAAAGCUCUUCAAGGCAAUGAUUGAAUCUCGGGUGAGGCCAAAUGCUUCGAGUUUGAGCAGUGUCCUUCUUGGUUGUAGCAACUUGUCUGCUUUGCCUAUGGGUAGGCAAGUGCAUCAACUGGUGAGUAAGUCUCCUCUAUAUACUUCAUUGAUUAGCAUGUAUUGCAAGUGUGGAGAUCUAGAUAGCGCCUAGAAGUUGUUUCUCGAGAUGCCAAGAAAGGAUGCGAUUACUUGGAAUGCCAUGAUUUCAGGCUAUGCUCAACAUGGCACUGGUCGAAAUGCGCUUCGUUUGUUUGACGAGAUGAGAAAUGGUGGAACGAGACCAGAUUGGAUCACGUUCGUUGCAGUUUUAUUAGCCUGUAACCAUGCAGGCCUCGUCGAUAUCGACGUUCAGUAUUUCCAGUCUAUGAAGGAGUUCAGAAUCGAGGCAAAAUCAUACCACUACACAUGUGUGAUCGACCUUCUCAGUCGAGUUGGUAGGCUAGACGAAUCAGUAAGUGUGAUUAACGAGUUGCCAUUCAAGCCUCAUGUCGCAAUCUUUGGAACCCUUCUGGGGGCCUGUAGAAUCCACAAAAACCUUGAUCUGGUAGAGUUUGCAGCCAAUAACUUGUUAGACCUCGACCCCAUGAGCGCCAUCGGAUACGUUCAGCUUGCGAAUAUCUACGCAGCAACGAGCAAAUGGGACCGAGUGGUACUGAAAUACAAUGCUCCAGCUCCAAUAAUUAGUAUUGAAAUACAAAGUCUUACAUUGGUUAGGGAAGAACAUGAUCCACGUAUAUGGAUAAAGACAAUUAUCUAGUAUGAGACAUUUGAGUGAAACAAAAA